GCGGGCCGCCGGCUCCGCGGUGCCCCUGCGCUGCCGGAGCGCCAGCCAGCCGCCGCCGCCAUGUCGCUCCCGCCGGAGAAAGCCUCGGAGCUGAAGCAGAUCAUCCACCAGCAGCUGGUCAAGAUGGAUGUCCAUGGCAGGAUCAGAGAAGUUCUUGCUGAGACUAUACGUGAAGAGUUAGCACCUGAGCAUCAACAGUUAUCCACAGAAGACCUGAUAAAAGCCUUAAGACAGCGAGGAAUCAUUGAUGAAGUUAUGAAAGAACUUAAAUUUGUAACUGAUGUGAAUGACAUGGAGAGGACUUCAGCUCCACCAAAGCCAUCUACACAUUUUGUUGACAGAGAACCACCAGUUCUGAAAAAAACUAAUAUUGACCCAACACGGAGGUAUCUUUACCUUCAGGUUUUGGGUGGAAAAGCUUUUCUGGAACAUCUUCAGGAACCUGAGCCUUUGCCUGGCCAAAUCUGUUCUACCUUUACACUGUGUUUACAUUUUCGGAAUCAGCGCUUCCGUUCUAAACCUGUUCCUUGUGCCUGUGAACCAUAUUUUCAUGAUGGUUUUUUACUUGAAGUACACAAGGAUAGUCUAGGUGAUGGAGGUAAAAUGGUGGAUGCAACCGCUAUGUUAUCAAUAUCAGAUCCAGUACAUAUGGUUCUUAUCAAAACAGACUCACUUGGUGAGACUACACUAGUAGCAUCCUAUUUCUUGGAGUGGCGAUCUGUCUUGGCUGCAGAGAAUGGUAUAACAAAUGUUGCUGUUGAACUCCUCGGUGUAGGUACAGAAUCAAAGGUUUCUGUUGGUGUUUUAAACAUCAGACUUGAAAUGUAUCCACAGCUAAACAAGAUGCUGUCUCCAGAAAUCACUAAUACUCAAUUUUCUUUGGAACGUCAAAAAACAGCAGAAAAAGAACGAUUAUUUCUUGUAUAUGCUAAACAGUGGUGGAGAGAGUAUCUACAGAUUAGGCCUACCCACAACGUAAGGCUAGUGAAGAUUUUUGCACAGGAUGAAAAUGGGAUAAACCGUCCAGUAUGUUCCUAUAUCAGACCACUUCGAGCAGGCCGGUUAUUAGACACACCUAGACAAGCAGCACGAUUUGUCAGUGUCCUGGGUUAUGAAAGAGCUCCUGUCAUCGGAGGAGGUGGUGGCAAGCAAGAACAGUGGUGCACCCUUUUUGCUUUUCUGUGCAGAAACAAGGGUGACUGUGAAGAUCAUGCUAACCUUCUGUGCAGUCUUCUCCUUGGAUAUGGUUUGGAAGCCUUUGUGUGCGUAGGAACAAAAGCAAAAGGAGUCCCUCACACUUGGGUUAUGACUUGUGGGACUGAUGGAACCAUCACUUUUUGGGAGAGCUUAACAGGACAUAGGUACCUCCACCGUCCUGUCAAUCCUGAUGACCCUCCUCUAGCUGAACAACCCAAGCCACUCUAUCCUUAUCGCACCAUAGGAUGUGUCUUCAAUCAUCAAAAGUUCUUUGGAAAUUGCCAGCCCUCUGAUGCUGUGGAGGUCUGUGUGUUUGACCUGCGAGAUGAAUCUAAAUGGAAACCCAUGAGUGGAGAAGCAAUAAAGUCUGUGUGUUCCCCUGGAACGAUAUCUUCAGUUCCUCCUUUUCCUUCUCUCUGUGCUUCCACAAUAGAUGCUGCAAUAACAAGCAAUGAGAUAGAAUUGCAGCUGAGAAUACUAGUCUCAGAACACAGAAAGAAAUCUCCUUUUUAUCUCUUGCCACGUAAUAUCAACCUAAGGAUGACAAGGAAUUCUCAAAUUGAAAUUACUCUAGGAAUCUCAUGCAACACUGAAUGUUGAAGUGGUAGAUUUUUCUACUUGUUUGUAUUUGUGGGGUGGUAACAGGCAAGGGGGUGUGUGUGUAUGUGUGCGCGCGUGUGGUUAUGCAUUCUUCUUUUCACAAAUAAUUACCAGAGAGACAUGAGAAAAAUAGAAGUGAGGUGAAUUUCAGUUGUGCUUUUCCAUGUUUUUACUGCAUAUUUAUGUACUAGCACUGCCUCUUUGUUUCACGCAAAGAUACUGUAGCUAAAACAACUAGUUUCAACUGUACAGGUCUUAUUUUAGUCUAGCAGGCUGACUUCUUUUCUUGCUUUGUUUCUGUUAUAGUUUGUUUCUUCUGGCUUAGUAUUAUGAAUCAAUAUCCAAAUCUUACUGCUUUGUGAGCCAACUUCCAUUAACUACUAAUUAAAGAUUUAUCAUAGAUUUAUUUUAAUCUAUAGAUGUUCAAAACUUGUAAUAGCUUAACAUUCAUUCUGCACUACAGUCAUUGUUCUGUGACUUGCCUCGCAGGAUCUUGGCCUUUCUACUGUUUGGGAUGACCAGCUAUCCUAUCUGUUGUCACCAGCACUAGCAGCCUAUGAGCUUGAA